CAAAUAAUUAACCGGCGUUUUUUUUCAUUUAUCUAUCUCGAUGUUGUUGUGGCAAAACAAACGAAAUAAAUUUGGAACAACCGAAUCAAAUUACCAUCGGUGCGGGUGAAUCAUCAUCAUUUUGUGUUUGUGAUUGUUUUUUUUCCACAAUGAAUUGGCUGUUUUUUCAUCAUCAUUGAUUUCUGGCCAGUUCGAUGGCUUCAUCUUUCUGAUGACAUGACAAUGUGUUUGUUUAGUAUUACCAUCAUCAGUGAUUUGUGAAUUUGGCCAUCACAACAUCAUUCAUUCAUCAUCAUCUUUAUUAUUUAAUUUUUACAAGUAUUACAAUCCAGGUUGAAUAAACAUCACUUUGUGCAAAUAAAAAACAUUCCACAUGUAAACGCAUUCAUACAGUUAAAAAAUCAUGAUGUGAAAUUUUUUUUUUGGAUCAAUCGAUCGAUAAUCAAGUCUAUUGUAUUUUUCAAAUGAUCAUUAUAUUGAUUCGAAAAUGUCAAAACAAAAUGAUUUAGAAAAAAAAUUAUUAGCCUGGUGUCAAAUGGCCACCAAUGGCUAUGAAGGUGUACAGAUUAAUAAUUUCACCAACAGUUGGAGUGAUGGUCUUGCUUUCAAUGCAUUGAUACAUCAUUAUCGACCAAAAUUAUUCAGCUAUGGUGAAAUAUUAUCAAUGGACACCAAUGAUCGUCUUAAACAUGCAUUUGAAAUGGCCGCUAAACAUUUCCAUAUUGAUCAAUUACUUAAACCAGAUGAUGUCAAUACGAAUAGACCGGAUAAAAAAUCUGUGAUGAUGUAUGUUAUGUGUUUUUUUCAAGUGAUCGAAUUACAGCAACAACAACAACAACAACAACAAAAACAGCAACAAUCAACAGAAAUUAUUCCAUCCGGUAUUAGCAAUAUUCCAAAACGUUCAAUAUCGCAUUCAUCAUCAACUACUACAUCAUCAUCAUCAUCGGGACAUAAACAUUCGGAACAAACAAGUAUUAAAAGGCAAUUAAAUAUACAAACCGGAAAAUCGCCGAUAAUGGAUCAAUCAUCACCAUCAUCAUCGGGAAAGAAAAUGAAACGUACCACACAAUCUGGUAUACCGGUUUUAUCACCUGCUUAUCAACGACGUCUUACUACACCCACCACCAUCAGCAGUGGUGGUGGUGGUGGUGGCGAUCAACAAACUAAAUCAUCAUCAAAUGAUUCAAGUGGCAAUAAUAAAACAAUUAACGCAUCCAAAUCAGAUGCUAAACUAUUGGCAGGAUAUAAUAAAAUUAUUGAAGAUUUAAUGACAUUAUUAUUAGAUGCCGAAGAUCGGCUACAACAAAAACAACAUGAUGAUCAUGAAAAAUUUCGUUCUGCCAAUUUUGAAUCAUCAUUGAAAACGAAUGAAUCGACAACAACCACAACAACAACAAUGGGACCAUCCACCGAUUUUAAUCAAAUAUUACAUAAUCGAAUAAUGGCCACAAUUGAAAUGGCUGAAUAUGCAAAGAUGCGGUUCAGUGAACAUGAACAAUUCUUAAUCGAAAUUUCCGAUUAUUCAGGACGUAUAAAUCAUGCAUUUAUAAAAGGCAAACGAUUGAUUGAUUCAAAUUCAAAUUUUCGUACAAUGUCAACAACGCAACAGCAACAGCCAAAUGUGGCUGUAUUAAUGGAUCCACAAUCGAAAAAUGAAAUAGUCAUACAAAUGAAUCUAUUGAAUCAACGUUUCAAUGAUCUGCGUUCAGCUGCAAUUAAACAUCAACGUUAUCUACAAGAUAUGCUUAUACAGGCACAGAAUAGUCAGCUAGAAGAAUUACGAACAUUAAUGACAAAAACUGAACAAAAAAUUUCGCUAUUGAUUCCGGAAAAAAUGGAUGAAAUUCCAUAUUCAUUUCAAUCAUUACAGCAACAAAUUGAUACAUACAAUCAACUACAGGAAACAAUGGAUUCUGAACAACAAUUAUUGAGCGCAAUAUCAAAUUUUGUUGUCGUCGAUAGUGAUAGUGAUGGUAAUUCUGCAAUAAGCAACGAUUUUGUUGAUCAACUUGAUGCAUUGAAUGAACGAUGGGCAAACGCUUGUAGAAUAACUGAAAAUCGUGGAAAAUUUCUGCAAAAAUUAUUUGAAUGUUGGUCAGCAUUUGAUGAUGAAAAGAAACGUUUGAAUGAUUGGUUUCAACGUCUUGAAAGACGUUUAUCCGAUAUUGAAGAAUCGGCCGAUGAAACAUUGGCCAAAACAACAAUGACCGUACAAGAUAUACGAUUUUUGAAAGAUAUACAACGACGUUUGGAACGAAUGCGUACCGAUAUUGUUUAUGGACCGGAUCAAUUACAUCAUCGUCGUAAACAGCAACCAAAUAGUGUAGAAGAAGAAGAAGAAGAAUUGAAAAGUUCACCAAUUUCAAAAAUAACCGGCCAUUCAUAUGCAUUAUUGAAAUUGGAUACAAAAGGUGAUUCAAGAUUUAGUCAAAAAAUUAUUACAAAUAUUGAAGAUAUUGGACGUCGUUGGGAAACAUUGGUAGGACAAAUUGAAUCGAUUGAGAAUAAUGUUCAAGAUUGUAUUAAUCGAUAUCCAACAUUAAUGACCAAUGAUGAUAAACCGAUCACCAUUGCUACAGCUAAAAUGAUUGAUAAUCAUGAAAUGAAGAGCCCUGUUGUUGAUAAUGAUGAAUCAACAACAGAACUUAAUAAACAUCGUAGUAAAGUAGUAGUCAAUCUACAUGAUAGUAAUAUUCGUGAAUGGGAAAACCUAGUCGAUUCUUUGAUUAAAUGGAUCAAUACGACAGCUGAUACAAGCAAUAAUCUAACUAUUGGCCAACAAGAAUUUAUUGAUUUAUUUCAAAUGAUGAAUAAACAAAGUGAUAUUGUAGCCAUCGAUUUGAUCGAUUUUGACUUGACAAAACAAUCAAAUACACAACAACAACAACAACAAUCGGUGAUUGAAAAAUAUUUAAAACAAUGUUCACCUCAGUUACGACAAAAAUUACCGCAACCACUAUCAUCGAUAUUAUGUGAAUUAUCAUUAGAUAGUGAUCAUUAUGAUGAUGAAAACGAAUUAUCAUCAAUGAUUAUGGUAUUAAAACAAGAAGAUCAAACAUUAUCCCAACUACAACAGGAAAUCAAAUAUCGAACGACAGAUUUUCGCCAAUUAAUUCAACGUGCUAAUCAACUUUGUAAUGAAUAUGAAUCGCAAACAUUUCAUGAACAAAUUGAAAAACGUUUGACUGAAUUGGAACAAUGUUGGAAACAAUUAGAACAACGUAUCGAUUCGUUUCGUCAACGUAUACGAAUCAUAUUGUCAUUGGAUAAAAUGCAUUAUGAAACCAAUCAAUUGAUAAAUGUAUUGGAUAAAUAUCGUGAUAAAUUUGAACAAUUUAAUAAACAAUUAAUGAUGACCAAUGAUAAUGAUGAUCAUCAGCUACAACAACAACAACAACAACAACAACAGAUGCAACAACAAAUGGAAAUGUGUAAAAUAUCUAUUAUUGGUAAAUUAGAUAAAGUACGACAAAUGAAUCAACGUCUAAAUGAUUAUCGUAAAGAAAUGACAAAUAUUUUCAUUUGUUGGCCGGAUACAGAUUCAAUCAAUGUUUGGCAAUGUUUUCGUUCAUUUAAUUUUGAUGAUAGUAUGAUGAAAUCAUUAAGUCCAUUACAAAAACAAUCUAUAGUGAUUAUUAUUGAUCUUUUACGAUUUGAAAGAAUUGUUUUACUUAUGAAAAAUUUAGCUGAAUCAUUGCAGCAACGAAUACAUCAGGUAGCUAUUGAAUAUAGUGAAAAAGAAGCGAAAAAUGAAAAUGAAAAUGAAUCAAUCGUGAUGAUUAACAAUCGAAUCGAUAGUCCAACAACACCGACGGCAAAAGCUGAUAAAGUUCGUAUUGCAAUUGAACAAUUUAAUACUUGGUUAGCCAAAGUUAUAAAUCUAGUUGAUGAAUAUAAUGAUGAUGACGAUGACGAUGACGAUAAAGAUAAUAUUCUGGAACAAUCAACACACGAUGUUGGUGAUAGAAAAAAUGUUGUUACCAUUGUCAAUGUGGAACAUCAUGAACAACAAUCCGUUACGGAAUUACAAAGACAACAGCAGCAGCCACAGCCACAGUCCGGUUCAAAGUUACGUUCAUUUGCCGAUCUUGCCAAUGCAAUCGAUGGCCGUAUAUUAAUAUUGGCUGAUCUACAAAAAACCGUUGAUAAUGAACAACAAAAUUAUAGUUUUGCUUGUCGUCGUGCAGCUGAAUUUAUUUUUGCUGGCCAAAAUGAUAUUGAACAAAAAGAAUUGAUUGAAAUCGAAGAUGCAAUCAUGUCAUUGAAUUGUAAUAAUUAUGAUCAACAAACUGGACAAUUGAUUAGUUCUAUACAAUCGUUGAUUAAACGUUGGUCAUUGUUGUUUGAUCGAUUCAAAACAUUAUUACCACAAUUAGAAGAUAUAUCGCCAUCGAUAACGGUGUUGGAAACGGAAUUUUCACAAUUAUUAAAAUUCGUCGAAUCAUCGGAUCAAUUUCUUGAUGAAUCCAUUGCUAUUGGUGACAAUGAAUCAUUGUCAUGUCAAUUGGCUGAAUGUUCACGUCUUAAACAAUAUAUGCAAGGUACGGCUGAAGAAAAUUUCCAAACCAUUAUCGAUACAGCACAAAAAGCAUUGAAACUUUUACUUGGCAAUGAUGUAUUCUAUGAUGUUAUACCGGUCAUACGUUAUAUUAAACAAACAUGGCUUAGUUUAUGUCAACGUAUUCUGAAUAAAUUGGAUCGUUUGGAACAGGCACAAAAAUUAACAAUCGAUUUGAUCAAUAAUUUGGAUGAUUAUAGACGACGUUUAAAUCAAUUGGAAAAUGAAUCACAAUUAUCCGCUAUGGAUGAUCGUUUAGGGUUGAAUGAAUCACCUGAUUAUGAUUGUAUUGAUGAACGAUCCACAUCAACAUCGAAAUCGAAUAAAAUGACAACAACAACAACAAUGAUGAUUUAUGAUCGUUUGAUUUAUAAUUUACCAACAAUUUAUUUGAAUCGAUUGAAACAAUUACGUGAUGAAUAUGAACAAAAUAUUUUAAAUGGUGAACAAGCAAUCAUUAUGCAAAUGUUAUCAUUGAUAACAUCAUCGAAUGGCAGUAAUAAUAACAAUCAAACAUUGGCAUUUGAACAGCUAUUAACGCAAGCACGAAUACAGAUUCCAGAGAAAAUGGCUCAAUUGCAGAAUCGAUUGGAACAAUAUCAACAUUAUUUUAAUUAUCUAAUCGAUUCAUUACAACAAUUGGAACGUUUAUUUGAUGAUGAAAGAAAAUUCAUUGAAUUAAUCACCGAUGAACAAGAACGGCUACAGCGAAGACAGAAAAAUGUUGAAGAUUUAGAAGAUGCGUCACAAUUUAUGGAUCAAGUUGAAGAAUGUAUUAAUCGCUGUCAUAAUGAUGAACAUCGACAAUCAAGACGAAAACAAAUUGAACAAAUAUUCACUAAUGAUUGUCUAUUGGAUUAUUUUCAACAUUUGUCCAGUAUUUCUCAGAUAUUUGAUAAAUAUCACAUUGAAUUCAAAAGUUUAUGUCGUUUUGAUAAAGAUUUCUGCACAAGUUUAGAACAAUUAAUACAACGUACAGAUAAAUUUAUUGGUCAAUGUCGUGAAGCUGAUCACAUGAUUUGUAAAGUACAAGAAUGGAUUAAUCAAAAAUCAAUCGAUAUCAUCAACAAUCAACAAGAUGAUAUGAUGUUAACAAAUGAAUUUGAAAUGAAAAGAAAACAAUUACUCACUAUGCAUAAUGAUUAUGGUGAAAAAUUUGAAAAAUUAUCAUUCAAUGAAGCAACAAAACGAUUGCAAAGUAAAGUUUAUUUUGUCAUCAAUAUUAUGGAUGAUUUGAUCAAACAACAACAACAACAACAACAACAACAAAAAAAACAAAUGCAACAGCCAAACAGUAUCAAUGAAACUGAAUCGAUUAAUAAUAAACGUAACAUUAUCGUUGCAAAUCGAAAUCAUCAUCAUCAUCAUCAUUUGGCCAUUAAUUCCAAAAUGAAUAUGGAUUCUGAAUUAUCAACAUUGGAAAAAGAUUUAGCUGAUUUAGGUUCAUCAAUCAAUGAAAUGGAAAUAGUAUUUGAAACAACAGAUAAUGAACAAACAAUACCGACAAUAUUGGAACGAUUAAUCACUGUAAAUUGUCGUGAAUAUGAAACACAAUUGUCUGGAUUUAAAAAACGUUUUGAUUUUAUACGUAAAAUUGCACAACAAGAAAAAUUGAAUACAUUUCAACAGGGACGUUUAGAUUAUCUGGAUAAUACACGUACAGCAUUGACAAAAUCAUUAUCAUUUCGUGUAUCGGUUCUACAAGAUCUAUCAAAAUUAUGUCAAGAUAUUAAUGAUAAUCUUUUGCGAUUAGAAUCUGAAGCUGAUCGUCUUAAAUUAUUCAAUGAUGGUGAUGAUGAAUCCAAAAACGUUAAUCUAGAUGAUCAAAUGGAUUCAAUUGAAGUGAAACAAAAUUGUCGCCAAAUAUUAUCCGAUAUAUGUGCGUUGAAAGAAAAACUUGAUAUUAGCUGUAUACGGCAUUCAGAUAUACUUAUUGGUAUUGAAGAAGUUGGUGCUUGUUAUGAUGAAUUAUUAACAUUGGUUGCUGAACAUUAUGUUCUCGAUGAUCAGGAUGAUCUUGAUGAUGACCAUGAUCAUCAUGAUGAUGAUGAUAAUCAGAAGGAUUCAUUUGUCGAUGAACAACAGCAGCAGCAACGUAUAAUUGAAUCGGAAGUGAAAAAUGAAAAUGAAAAUGAAAAUUCGAUGGAUGUAGAUCAAACGAUAAUUGAUGAUAAUCAAAGUGAACAACAACAAUUGAAACAAUCACCAGUGGUUGAAUCUGUUGUCGACAAUGAUGAUGAACAAUUGAUUGAAAAUAUAAAAAUUACUACUACCACGGAAUUAUUUAUGGACACCGUAAAACCAUUGGCUGAACGUAUGAUUAAUAAUCUACUACUAGGUGAACCAGAUAUUGAUCCAGGUAAUUCAUAUUCAUUUCAAUCAUAUCUUUGUACAUUGAAACGUUUGGAACAAACAAUCGAAUGUAUUGGACAACGUGAUCUGAUUGAAUUAUCGCAACGUAGACAACAUAAUCCAAAUCGUAUGUUUCCAUUCAUGUUGGAAGAAGAAUUAUAUGUACUGAAUAAACGUCUAAAUCAAUGUCGAAGUCAAUUGGAACAAUUAUUAUGUAUUGCCACUAUUACUGGAUUAAUAACACCAUAUUCUGGAUCAUCAAUAUUGACUAAUGAUAAUCAUUGUUCCAUACAUAAACCAUUUGAUAUUGAUGCCAGUGCCAAUGAUUAUUAUGCAAAUAUGGAAAUAGAAUGGCCAAUUGAUUGUAAUCAGAUGCCAACAUCAUCAUUAACUGAUGAUUGGUCAAUCAAUAUUGAUCGAUCCAUUGAUUGGGAUCGUUUCUCAUGUCAAUCAAUACAAUUAUUACAUUCAUUGGAAACAAAAUUUGAUCAAUCGAAUCAUACAUUUCUUACAUUACAUCGUCAUCUUAAAUUAAUACACGAAGAUACCAUGCAAUUUAAUGUUGAAAUACGUAAACUAUGUGAUUGGUUUGAGAAUGUUGAACUACAGAUCAAUAAUGGCCGCAUUACAAUGAUAUCGGCUGAUCCAAAUCGUUUGGAUGAAAGUGAUUUAAAUAUGAAUGUUGUUGCACGUACACAAUCAUUGUUGGUUACACAGCUACGAACCCAUGUACCAAUUUAUGGACGAUUGAAAGUAAUUUAUGAACGUAUUGUGCGUCAUUUUACACCGGAAAUGGAUAAAAAUUUUUGCCAUUAUUCAUUCGAUUUAAAAGCAUUAUUGGAUGCAAAAAAUCGUAUAAAACAUGAAAUGGAUAAAGUAACGAAUAAAUGGAAUUCAAUUGUUCAUGAAUUAACAUGGCGUCGUCAAUGUUUGAUUGAUAUUGCAAUGGCACGAUCAACAGCAACCAUUAAUGGCUAUCCAUAUCGUCGUGGUGAUGAUAUUGAUUUUGAUAAUCUAAUCAAAGAUGCUGUACGUCAUGAAUUAUUAUUGAAUAAUAAUAAUACUACUACUACCGAUGAUUAUCAUGAUACAUUACCAUUGGAACAAUUAGAACAAUGGCUACAAGAAACCAAUGAUGAAUUGAUUGCUAUUCGUAUGCAAACAAAUAUAUCUGAUAGUAAUCGUGAUAGUAUCGUAACGUUACAUCGUAAAUUAAAAUCAAUGGAACAAUCAAUGGCAAAACAAUUUAUGAAUUGGAUGUUAUUGACACGACAACCAUUUGCCAAUAAAUUAAAUGUAGCUAAUCUUGAUGAAACGGGACGGAAAUCAUUAUCGAAACGUUUUGAAAAUGUAUCAAUUAAUCUUUAUCGAUUAGCAUAUUUUGUUGAUAUGUUUAUAACUAGUAUGUCAAAUAUUGGCCAUAUGAUUCGUGGCCAAUUGGAUUGGCUACUAUUGGCAUUAGAACAUUUGCAUUGUGUUGAUGAUUAUGUUAUAACACAACAACAACGACAAUCAACAAACGAUAUGACAUUUCCGAUUGAAUCGAUUACAUUCCUAGAUAAUGUUCGUCAUACAUUAAUCAAUCAUGAACGUAUUAUUAAACAGAUUGAAAUAUUGAUCGAUGAAUUACAUGAUCAUUGUAAACAAAUUCAAUUGACAAAUUGUCAUAUGGAUCAUAUGAUCGGUGAAUUUGCCAAGAUAAAAAAUCUUUAUCAACAAUUGGUUAAUAAUUUACGUAAAUAUGGCCUAACAGCAUCGGCAUCGAUUCAUUAUCAGAUGAAAAAUGCUUAUACAUAUUUUAAUUCAUAUCGUCAACGGAAACAACAACAACAGCAACAGCAGCAACAUCAACAACAACAUAAUAGUAGUAGAAGCAGUAGUAAUAGUAGUAUUGUAAAAAAUUGUGAUUGUCGUACAGGAAAUAGUAAUAGUAACAGCAGUAAUAAUAAUAAUAAUAAUAAUACAAAUUGGUGUUGCCAUUGUGAAUAUAAUCCAAAUGAAUUAGCAAAUUAUUAUCGUCAAUCAACAAUACAGCUAAAUCAAUGGCUUACAUUUGAAAUAUAUUUGUUGGAUUUAUUAUUGAUUAAAAUAACUACUAAAAAUGCGACAACAACAACGACGGCGACAACAACAGCAGCAGCAGCAGCGGUGUUGAUGCCAUCAAAUAUUCUUAAAUUUACAAUUCGACGUGCAGAGGAUUUACUUACCGAGCUACAUUUUUCCGUAUUUAUAUUACAACAAAUAUGGCUACAAUUAUCAACAAAUAAUGAACAUAUCAUCAUCAUCAAUAAUCAAUCGACAAUCAAUCAACAACAUUAUUGA